CAAUUAGUUAGCGAUAAGCAUAUUAGGCAAUUUAGCAAUUCUCUUUUGCAGCCUCCUUUGACCAGAAGCACAUUACACCACAACACAUUUCUCUGAAUUUGGGUUAAAAAAUUAUAUUGGGUGGGCGCUCCUUCUUCUUCUUCUCCUUUCUUCUUCUUCCCAUUUGAUCUGGCCAAACAAUUUUCUCCCUUUGGGUUAAAGGCUGUAAUUUGAAAGGGUUUAUGUUUCUAGGUUUCCCCAAUUUACAGCCUCACAGAUACUCUUUCAAGUUUCUUUUGAAGGCUCAGCCACAUCUUUUCCUUUGCUUGGAUUUGCUCUUGGUUCACUGGAGGAUUUGGUCACCUCAGUCAAGACUCAAGGAGUGAGGACAAGAGGAGGCAUUGUUCAAAACUACGAUGCAGAGAUCUUCUUCAAGGGCUUCAAGACUAUCCUCAUCAGAAAAUUUGAUUACCUCUUAUACUACUACCACUACUACUACGUAUGGAGAUACUACCUUUGAUGAUUUGGAACCGGAGCCGCAGCAGUGCCUCCCCACCUACGAUCCCCUCUCACAAGCUGCCAUGAGAGAGCAGUCUCGUAUCAAAUCCGCACAUAAUGCCAUCCACCUUAUACCUCUACUCCUUAUUUUUUGCGCCAUCGUCCUCUGGUUCUUUUCCUACCCAGGUUAGGUAAAAUUUCGGAGUCUAGAGAUGGAAGCUCGAAGAAAAAGAAAUCGUAAGCAAAAGAAGCAGAAGCGGAAACAACAUAUUAGUGAGAGUAAUAGCGAGCUAAUUAGUGUGAAUUGGGCAGAACUCCCUAGAACUGUACUUGAGAUUAUUUUCGAGAAACUUUCAGUUGUUGAUUGCAUUUCGGUUAGUAAUGUGUGCAAGCCAUGGAGAUAUGUUUUUGCAUCAGAUGUUUCUUCUUGGAAAAGGAUUGGCAUUCCAUCCUUAAUAAUGUGUGGUCAACAUAGAAGAGAGAAGAGAACUUGUUUAAGUAUGUUGGAGAAACGAGCUUGGGAGAUGGAGCUACCUGAGGCACAUAAGAAAUAUUGUUGGGGUUCCUUUCAUGAUUGGUUGAUCCUAGUGGAUAAUUCUAUUUAUCUCUCGGUUGAAAUCAGUUUGUUGAAUCCGUUCACUAGAAGCACAGUAAAACUACCUAGAACAUGGGACGAUUACCAUAAGAUAGUCCUCUCAGGGCUUCCUUUUCAGAAAAACUUUGUUUGCAUGCUUUUGCACAAUGAAAGACGAGAAAUUGCUGUUUGGGUUUCGGGAGCUCAAUCGUGGAAACAAUUUAAACUUGUUGGUGAACCAUUUGAGGAUGGUAUUUUCUACAAUGGAAGUUUCUAUCUGUUGAGCAAGGAUGAUGAAGUUUGUCAAAUUGACACAGCUAGCAUUUUUGCUGCCAUUAGCGAAGAUAGUGCUUCGGUGGAUGCUUCAGCUGAGGCUUCGGUGGAUGCUUCAGCUGAGGCUUCGGCUGAUGCUUCGGCUGCUUCUGUAUCUGAAAUCAAAAUUAAGUCCCAUAAAGUAAGUAGGAUGUCAGGAAACCCUACAAAUGAUAAUAUGUUGAGGUAUCUUGUGGAGUCAUGUGGAGAGCUUUUGCUUGUCUGUAGGUUUUUCAGUACAAAUCUCGGUGCUAUACUUGAAACACGAAAAUUCGAAGUCUAUAUUUUGGAUGUUGGGGAGAUGUCCUGGAAAAAAGUUGAACACUUGAGGGAUCGAGUAUUGUUUCUAGGUAAAUGUUGCUCAAGAUCCUUGUCUGUAAAAGAACUCGGGGUCCCAAUGACCAAUCGUAUUUACUUCUCGAAUGACAAUGUUGCUCCUUGGUGGAAUGAAUGGGAUUCUGGUUAUCUUCAAGGAAUGUCAUCUCGUAUGCGUCUUGAUAAUUCUGGCAGGAAACAUUGGGGCAUCUUCUGGCUUGGAAACAAAGACAACCACCACUUUUGCUUCCGGGGCGAUCGUGACAAUUGGGGACCCAUCUGGCUCACUACACCUCUAUGGUGGUAUUGUAACAAUUUCCUUGCUUACUGAUUAGUUAAUUAUGACUCAUGUUGAUGAUCUUGGCAGGUUAGGGGCUUCUUGUAGUAACAAAAAUGUGAAUGCUUUAUUAGCAAAAACUCAAAUGGAGAAAGCUUGUUUCGGGUAAGGAGCUAUGAAAACUAUGAUGAGUGAAGUUUUUUGUACAUAGUUGGUGUAUUUUGGUUCUUCAUUAGCUUCUGCCUUGUUUUUACUUGUAUAGGCUUUGAUCCAAAACCUUUUGUUUAUUGCCUUGAAAUACUUUCAACUAAGUAUAUUUCAUGUUAUGUCACUCAUGAACAUUAUCAAUCCACUUUUUCUUCAUUA